ACACCACAUAUACACCCACCACAAAGCCACGUUUCUGAAAACAAACAGCAAUCCUCUUCCAUUUUUCAUCACCUUGGUUGGUUGGUGGGUCCUCUUUUGCUUUCUAAUAAGAUUACACUGCCUUACUCCCAACCCAGGAUCCACACAUUCUAACAUGCAACAUUAACCCCACGAACAAAUCAUCAUUUUCUUUUGCUUUUCUUUCUUUAUGUUCUUCAUCGCUUUUUUUCUGAGAGCGAGAUCUUAAUACCCUUUUGAAUCCAGUUUUUGAUUGGCGUGUUUUCUCUUGGGGUGGUUAUUUUCUUCGACCCUUUGAGUUUAUAAUUGGGUUGGUAUUGAAAAGUUGGGAACUUCUGCAUUUCUUGUUGAAUCCUAGUUUUGCAAGUUGUGUUUUUUUUUUUUUUUUCUUGAUACCUUGUAUCAUUUGUUGGGUUUUGGCCUAUUGGGGUGGUGAUCAUUUGUUGUGGGAUUUGGGAUUUCUCAAUGGGCUGUUUGGAUGAAGGAAAUGGGGAGAUUGAAAAUGGAGUGAGUAUAGGGUGUGGUGAAGUUGGUUUUGAGGAAGAAGCAAAGCCAGAUAUUGCUGCCAUUGAGGAGGCUGUGAAGGUGCUGUUGCUAGGUCUUGGGGAAGAUAUCAACAGGGAAGGGCUUAGGAAGACACCACUUCGGGUUGCCAAAGCCCUUCGUGAGGGAACCAGAGGGUACAGACAAAAAGUGAAGGACAUUGUUGAAGGUGCUUUAUUCCCCGAAGCGGGUCUAGAAAACAAUAGAAUUGGUCAUGCAGGGGGUGCAGGUGGACUAGUGAUUGUCCGAGAUCUUGACCUUUAUUCCUAUUGUGAGUCUUGCUUGCUGCCAUUCCAAAUCAAGUGUCAUGUGGGAUAUGUCCCUUCUGGCCAAAGAGUUGUGGGUUUAAGCAAGCUCUCUCGUGUGGCUGAUGUAUUUGCCAAACGACUGCAGGAGCCUCAGCGUCUAGCAGAUGAGGUUUGUUCCGCAUUGUAUCAGGGAAUAAAGCCAGCAGGUGUUGCUCUUGUACUUCAGUGUACACAUAUCCACUUUCCAGACAUAGAAUCAGUCUUUCUUGAAUCGAGUCAGCAAGCAUGGUUGAAGACCCUUGUUUUGUCAGGUUCUGGAAUUUUUGAUGACAGAAAUGCAGAUGUAUGGUCUGAUUUCUUUUGCCUUCUUAAAUUUAAAGGUAUUGAAAUAGAAAAAGUACAUCUGAGAGGAUCAUCUGACCAAUGGUGGUGUCCAUCUCUGUCUGCUCUUUCUGCUAAAGUUUCAUCCAAAACUGUACCAGUCAAUCCUGCCAUGGUCACUUCAGUAUCUUCAAUCCUUAAAUCUUUGGGAGAAGAUUCAUCGAGGAAGGAACUCACAGGGACACCUGGUCGAUUUGUGAAAUGGCUACUGAACUUCCAAAGCAUUGACAUGGAUGUGAAGCUAAAUGGUUCCCUUUCUGGUGGUAUCGAUUCUUUUGACCCUGAUAGGGAGGUAAACUUCAAGGACCGACAAAUACACUGCGAGUUGAACUUGCCAUUUUGGUCGCAAUGUGAGCAUCAUAUACUUCCAUUUCAUGGUGUAGUUCACAUAGGAUACUUCAUUUCAGAAGGUUUUGAUCCCAUUGCAAAAUCCCUUGUACAGUCUAUAGUACAUUUUUAUGGUUUCAAACUCCAGGUUCAGGAAAGGCUUACAAGACAAAUAGCAGAAACCAUUGCACCACUUUUAUUAGGUGGGCAUGUAAUAGUAGUUGUGGAGGCAAGCCACACAUGUAUGAUUUCUAGGGGAAUUGAGAAGUUUGGAAGUAGUACAGCUACCGUUGCUGUAUUAGGUCACUUUUCAACUGACCUUGCUGCAAAGGCCAUGUUCUUUCAGAGUGUUGCUAGUGCUACAACUUCUCGGGGGCAAUAAAUAGUUCCUGUUGGUGCUCA